AUGUUUGAUCUCAAUCAGAGAAAUGCCAGCAUGUUCAGACAUCCAUCCUUGACAAGUGUCACCAGUGCCGAUGCUGCUGGUUUGUCCAUUUAUGCAGGUUUGGUCAAGUAUUCAGAAGUUGCUGCAGGGAAUAUCACUCAUGCCAUUCGAUUCACUCUUCAAAGUGCUCAAAAUGGAUAUAUUGCUCCAGCAAAGCAUUUUGGACCUUCUGGAAACAAAGAUUUAACAAUAAUGCCUUAUGGAACUCGAGUGAGAUUGAAAGCAUCUUUUGAUUUGUCAAACUUUUAUGGUCAUUCUUUGGUCAUUUUGAAAGCUUUGAAAAAGUAUGGAAUGAUUUUUGCAGAUCAGGGAUCCAAUUGGUUUUUAACACGAGAACCCAAUGAUAAUUGGAACAGUAAUGAUUUGAGUCAAUUGAAAAGAGUUCCAAGCACUGCUUUUGAAAUCGUUCGUCGUGUCAGCACUGUCACCAGAGGAUUCACACCUUCCAACUCCAGAGACGUGUAA